CCGUAAAUUGAGUGUUUUACGACACUAGAACUCCUCAGUCUACUAUCCAGGGAAUGAAAUCAUAUUCGUCCUGAAGUUUGCCUUAAAUGAGCAUAUUUGAUCUUUUUCGUGGAUUUUUUGGGGUUCCUGGAGGACCCUACGGACGAUAUGGUCCAAGGGAACCCUUCUUCGAUAGCAUGACCCAUGAAGAAGACGACGAUGAGGAGGAUGAAGGGGAGGAUUUUUACCCUGGCUCGUUCGAAGGGCCUGGAGGUCGCGACCCGUUUGACGAUUCCUUGCGAUUCGGCUUCAGCAUGGGACCUAACGGAAUGCGCCUUCACGAGCCCCCGAUGUUCGGACAAAUCCUCAGGGAGAUGGAGGAUAUCUUCGCUGAGCUCGGGCGCUGGGAGAACCGUCACGGACCGUUCGGGAUGCCCAGUCUAGAGCCGCCUCGUCCACCUCAGGGCAGAGAUCCAUGUGGAGAGUCUGGGGAUAAAAACAGCCCCUUGAGGGAUUUCAUGCUGAAGGGCCCAGACGACAGACCCUCCCCCCAAGGCCCCCCACCCUCAGGUGCCCCCCCAGAUAGCCACGGACCCAGUCCAGACUCGCCACUCCACCGCUGGUCACCUUUCUCAAAGUUUCAGGACAGCUGGCACGAUGGUCUGUUUGGCGCUCCUCUGGGUGACAAAAAAGAAGAUGGAGAUUUGGACUCCCAAGUGUCCUCAGGCGGCCUGGACCAGAUUCUGACGCCUGCCCCGGCUCAGCCCAGAACACGCAGCUUCUUCCAGUCCGUCACGGUCAAGAAGAUUGUGAAGCCAGACGGGUCAGUGGAGGAGACGCGUACAACGAGGGACGGCCAGGGCAACGAGGAGACGACGGUCACUCGCUCCGGGGGAUCAGGAGGCCCCGAGGGGUCAAGGGGCCCCAACGGUGAUCCAGAGUUCUCCACCGACAUGCGGGACAACAUGGACAUCUUCUCCAAGUUCUUUGGAGGCUUCAAAGGGUGAAUCAUCUCCUGCUAUCGUCCAUCUGGUCGCUCGUUUCGCUUCCCUUUAUUUAUUUCUGCAUUAAUGGGGAUUGAGAUUAAUUCUGUGAAUGAGUGCUGAUUGUGUGUGUGUAUGUGUGAUAUGAUGCUCUGUUUGUUUGUUGCCAGGAAUAGUAAACAAUAAACAACAGUAAAUCGCAUAAUGGAGUUAUGAUUUUCAUAUGGAUAAAUGUAGAUAAUUUAAUUUACUCCAAAGAAUGUUUAUAAGAAUGAGGUUAUUUUAUUUAGUAGGUAUCGGUGUGGUUAUAUCAGGAACUGAGCAUUGUUGUUUAAUACAUAGUUGAUUUUGUGUGAGAUGACAUAACCAGAGCCUGUACAAAAGAUUAUUUUUGUAAAGCGCCUCCUGCUGACAUGUGAAAGGAGAAUAAACGAGUGAUGCAAGAG